AUGACAAAGAAAAGGUGUAACAACGGUCGUGCUAAGAAAGGCCACGGCCACAUGCAGCCCAUUCGCUGCACGAACUGUGUCCACUGCGUGCCCAAAGCCAAGGCCAUUAAGAAGUUCGCCAUAAGAAACAUAGUGGAGGCCGCGGCCGUCCGAGACAUUUCCGAAGCGAGUGUCUUCGACGCAUACGUGCUUCCCAAGCUGUACGCGAAGCUGCAGGACAGUGCGCGUGGAGCCAUUCACAGCAAGGUGGUUAGGAACCGGUCAUGUGACGCCCGGAAGGCCCAGACACCCCCCACCCCCACCUUGAUUUAG